CAAAGCGCGGAUACGUAAACAAAGAUUUUGAUCUUUCGGCGGUUUUUUAAAAUCCUGAUACCAAAUAGUACUGACACAAUAUACAAUCAAUGACCUUCUAGCAAAUAAAAUAACAAAAAAACUCAAACUAAUGUUUAGGCAAAAUUUGCAGGCAGGCGCUUCCCCUGCUCCUAAUCCAAACAUAGCAGCAACAUGGCAACGAGGAAUGAGAACAGGUCAAAGUCCUAAUAUGCAGAUGAGAUCUACAAAUGUUGUUAAUACAGCACCACAUACUCCUGAUAGUAAUAAGCGUCCAGUAGAACUUAAAAAUGCUUCAAAACCUAGUAAAAGUGUGAAGAAAAGAAAGAUAAAAGAUCAGAUAAUUACACAAGAAGUGAUUGAGUUAGUUCCUGAAUCUCAAGCUUAUAUGGAUUUAUUGGCUUUUGAAAAUAAACUUGAUGCUACUAUUACACGAAAAAAGCUUGAUAUACAAGAAGCAUUAAAGAGACCAUUAAAACAAAAGCAAACUUUAAGAAUUUUUGUGUCUACAAAUGUUUAUCCAGCAAAAGUUGAUGAAACUGGAAGAGAAACAGCUCCAGCUGAAUGGGAAGUCCGUAUCGAAGGCAGAUUGUUGAAUGAUCCAGAAGUACAAAAAGAAAGUAACUCAACCAAUCAAAAAAGAAAAUUUUCCUCAUUUUUUAAAAAUCUGGUUAUAGAGCUUGAUAAAUCAAUUUAUGGACCAGAAAACCACCUUGUUGAGUGGCAUCGGACUACUUCUACACAAGAAACUGAUGGCUUUCAGGUAAAAAGACAAAUGGUUGGCAAUAUGGAAGUAAAGUGUCAAAUAUUUUUAAUGAUAGAUUAUAAGCCUCCACAGUUCAAACUAUCUUCUCAAUUAGCUCGGGUGUUAGGCAUCCACACACAAACACGACCUGUAAUAAUUGGUGCUCUUUGGCAGUAUAUAAAGCAAAAUAAACUUCAAGAUCAAGAAGAAAGAGAGUUUAUUAAUAAUGACAAAUAUAUGGCAGAAAUUUUCAGUUGUCAACGAAUGAAGUUUUGUGAAAUACCACAACGUUUACAGGCACACCUACUGCCUCCUGAACCUAUCGUAAUAACAUACAUGGUGAAUACUAUUGAAGAGAAGAAAUCGUCCUGUUAUGAUAUUGAAAUUGAAAUAGAUGAUUCCUUGCGCGAUAUAAUGCAAUCGUUUAUGCUAUCCAGUGCAAGCCAACAAGAAAUUACUACUUUAGAUGCAAAGAUCAAUGAAACCGUAGAAGGAAUUAAUCAGCUAAAAGUUCAUCGAGAUUUUUUCUUGUCUUUUGCAAAUAAUCCUCAAAAAUUUAUGAAUGAUUGGCUUACUUCUCAAUGUGCUGAUUUAAAGACAAUGACGGAUGUGGCAGGUAAUGCUGAAGAAGAACGUUUAUCAGAGUUUUAUAAUCAACCUUGGAUCGAAGAAGCUGUUCAUCGUUAUUUCUAUAGACAGAUUCAAACAAAACGCGCUGAGUUAGAGCAAGUACUUGGCAUAAGAAGCUAACAGACGUCAGAUUUCUACAAAACAAACGUAAGAUUUCAACAAAACAGGCGUCAGAUUUCUACUUAUCAAGUCCUUUUAGAAAUCACUUUUUCCCCAAUAUUUUUAUUUUGAAAUAAAAUCUAUUUAUUUGAA